GAUUAUUUUGUAAUUAUUGUAAAAGUGUAUGUUUAUACAGUAUAUAAACAAUUUGUUUAAUGUAAAAAGAAAAUGUUGUCUUUUUUGGGGUGCAGGUAAGGUUUCUGUUUCUUUUCCUAGAUUAAUUCUGGUAUUCAGACAGAAAUAAUGUAUUAUUCAACGCUGAAUAGUUUUUCAUUUUGACAAAGAUCUCUCUCCAUGGUUCUGAAAUGACUCAAAGCGUAUCUGUUUCAAUCUAGCAUACACCCAUCUAUUGAGAAUAAAACAUGAACCUGUUCUUGGCAAUUGUAUAUUUGCGCUGACUUUAUAGAAUAAGUUAUCUCGUAUUUCGUAGACAUUAGAUUUUCAUUAUAAUAGCAGAAGUCCCUGUAGACUGUAUUGUAACAGGCGUUACCUCCCGCGGUUCCGAGCCACUCCACCAAUCAUGAGCCCGGCUCGUUUUUCCACGGCGUACCAUAGUCUCGCGUGUUCUGUUCGCGCUGCCUUGUUUUUAUCUUUCUUCUGUCCAGUCUUCACUUGGGUGGCGGAGGGAGAAGGCUGUGCGCGUUGUGAAGUGAACUGCGCAUCUUAACCUCUUCGUCCCUUUUGAUCACCAAACUACUGUUUUUUAGCUAAAUGUGGCAGCGGGGGGAGGUGUUGCCAAAUGACUGCGCUGCAUCUUUCUGUUUUUGCUUUUGUGCGCACUUUUCCUGUCGUUAAAUCCCGUAAGCAAACGGAGUCAAAGCUGAAGAGCUCUUUGGUGAAAUGUGGGUGUGAGCCGCAGCCUGCAGUCUGGACUACAACAUGCCCUGAUGACCACUGAGCCCUAACCGACUGGUGGACGCCUAAAACACACGUGAUUUACAGGCUAUAGGCCAUCUUCAGUCUGUGAUUUACACCAAAGGUAGGAGCAGCCUUGUAUAAAACAGUUAACCCACUGAAGUUAUGAACUCCCAUGGCUUUAUCUCUUUGAGACCAAAUUCCAAAAGAUACACGCUUCUGUUCUGGUGUCCUUGUAAGAUCUUUGGUUUUGGUUUCCCAAGGCUGGUUUUGCCUAUUUGGAUCCAUAACAACAGUUAUAAUAUAUAGGCUAAUACAAAAUAUUACUGCUAAUUUAGAGAUAUUAUACAAUUAUGUUGAUAAAGAUCACAUGUUUUUCCAUUUGAAAGAAAAAAUAUGCCAUUAGUAAUAUUUUCAUGUGCUGAGUAGAUAAAAAUUUAUUUAACACAAAUAAAAUAAAAUAUUGAUUGGCUUUAGUCUGAUGACUUCAUGGUUCCUUUCAUUUCCAGGCAGUGCCAUGGCAGAUGACAGUGGCUUACCUCAGCAGAUCCAGAGUGUGGAGAGGAGUAUAGUGUUUCUCAGACAGGAGCAUCUGACUAUGUUGCACAGUCUUCACCUGGAAAUCCUCUCCCUGCAAAAACGAUGUACAGGUGGGCACAGUCACCAUUUUCAGCACUGGCUCCUGUAUAAUUUUGCUUCUGGUUAAUGCUUCUUAAAGAGCAAAAGUUAACAACUGAACUAAAGGUGAAACAUCAAGGAAAAAUGAAGCUGGAGUUACAAGAUGAAGAGGAGCUCUUAAAUUUACGUUGCAGAGACAUGGAGAAUUGCUUACAGGACCAGGAUUGUUCCAUUGGAGAACUCCGCAAAGAACUGACUCACAAGGGGGCUUUGGUAGGGGCACUCAGAGCCAACCUCAAAGAAAAGGAGCGUCAUUUCCUAGAAGAGCUGAAACGCCGUAGUCACUGUUCAACUCUCCUUCAUACAGAGUUACAGAAGCAAACGGAGGCAGCAGCAUAUCUCUCCUUCCAGCUGCAUGCAGCCAGGCAGAAACUUCACCACCAGCGGCUCCAACAGAGGCAAGGACUCCUGGCUAGAGCCCACAAUCAAGGUGUCCACUACGAUCCAGGACAGGACUAUCUUUCACCUCAAAUGCCAUCAGGAGCACCUUCUCCUGUGGUCAAGCCGAAACGGAAGACUGCAAGAGUGUCCUCCAGAGUGGAGUGGACAAGAGAAUGUGUGCCAAUUGAGAAAGUUCUGGGUCCAGCAGAGCCCAUGGCAAUGCCUGACCCUGCCCUCUUUCUUAACCCACGACGGCAAAGAGCACGACCGAGGCAUGCUGUUGCACCUACACCUCCUCCAGUGGGACUUAUGAAUGAGCAGGGCACUGAGCAGGGUGGAGAGGAGCCUUCAGAGUCCCUGAAAGAAGCAGUUUCUUCAGCAGCAGCACCCCCUGCUGCAGAGACUAAAGCAGAUUAGCAGUUUUGUUUUCUGUAUCACUCUGCCCAUUUAUGUUCUGGUAAAGCUAUAUUUCAGCACCUUGAAGGAAUCAUUCACAUACACUAAAGUUAAUUUUAUAAUGAAUAAUGCUGAUAGUACUUUUAUUAGUUUGACACUUUAAAUCUAAAGCAUCUAUAGAGAAUCUAUAUUUGUUUACAUACACCAUGCUCAGUUAGAAAGGAUGAGCCUAAUUUAAGUUGCUGUGAAGUUUUUGUUGCACAGCAGGGGCUCUAGACUAGCGUGCAAGCCAACUGUGUGACAGAAAAAACAAUGACCUUUCUGGGCCACAAGGCAAAAUGUUUGUGAGAACUUAAAGGUCACAGCUGACAAGUUGGGGAAACCAUCUUUAUUUAGGUGUAUUUAGUCCCAUACAUAAGUCCACAGGCCCUGGUCUUGAUCAGCUAAAUGUGUUUUACUCAGGCAUACUUUCUAUUUACACUAACAAAUACUGAAAUAUAUUUGUGCCUGAGUUUCUUUACAGCUCAGGAAAACCCAAAAGUGCAUGCCUCAACAUUGAUAGCCAAUUAAUUCAUUUUGGAAAAGCCAAAACACACACAAAAUUUGUAAUUUAUCAAUUUAUUUAUAUGGUUUCAUUAUAUCAACUGUAUUUAAGUCACUAAAGCAUAAGGGUUUUUAUGGUAAUUAGCCUGUAUUUCUGUCUUUUUUUUUACGGAUAAUUACUAUACAUAUAUGUUAUUAUUGCCUUAAAUAUUAAUAUUCCUAUUCCCAUACACAAUACACUACACGCAGCUUUUUAUUUAAACUAACUAAUUAGGGUUUUAGAGCUAUUGCAUUAUUUUAGCUUUAAGCAAUAUAAUACGAUGUCUAGAUAAUUUCAGGUGAUUUAACGAUAAAAACAACUAUUCGUUUUUUUUUGUUUUUUGCAUUGUGUAAUGUUAUUAAGAUAUUAUUAGUAUUUGGAUAUUUUUACUAGAAUUCCUUAUGUGGAUAUCCUUAUUUAUGGAUGUCACCAAAAUGAUUAGAUAUCACCAGGCUAAAUGUUACAUAGGUUAAGUGUGGUUAAGAGACUGAAGGUUACAUGUGAAGUGGCAUAAGGACUAACAGUAUAUAGUUAUGCAAGUUGAGACUGCCAGGGUUUGCCUCUUUAAAGCCAUUUGCAUGACUGUGUGCACUUUCAUUUAUCAAAAGUAAAAUUAUAGACUUUGGAAAAUACAUUUUUAUGUAAUCAAAUGGUUUGAUAACUUGAAUAUAGACUGUUACUCAGCACAAUUGUAUAACGGUAUAUGUCAUCUACUCACAUAAAUGAAAUAUGAAUCUAAUCAGCAUUUUGUAAAACUUGUUUUAUAACAGUGUUUACUGGUAACACUUUCCUGAAUACAUAAUUUAGUGUACUAGUUGCUGGACAUCUUUGAGGUUCUUUUCUUAAGGCAGGUGUAAAUGAGCCAAAGAGUUCACUAAAAUCAAUACACAGAAGAACAUUGUGAUGCCUUAAUUUCACCAAGAUAUUCUCAAUAUUUAAACUGUGAGUCUUCCAUUAGUUUAUUUUUAU